CAAGGCAUGGACUAUUGAGAUGCAAGAAGCCUUCAGAAUUAAAGUCUAAGACAAUGUGAGUUGGCCGGCCAUUAAAGGCCGGCCACCCCUUGCUAUAUUAUGCAGAUGCCAAAUGCAGAAACAUCAGAGAAUAGAUUCCAGGCACUGUUGCUUCUUUUGUGUUGUCAAGAAGCACCUAGUCACAAAUCUUAUUUAGGACUUUGGCAAAUCAAAAUCCAUGACUGUUUUGUUUAUAGCUCUAGUUUUGAUCCUUCAAUGCUGCAUCACAACUAGUAUAUACCAUCCCCUAGACCCUCUCAGCCCAACUGAGAUCAACAAAGUAAGGCUCAUCGUUCAGAAGUCUCACCUUGCAACUCUUCCCAACCUCACCUUUCAUUAUGUCGAUAUCGAAGAGCCGGAGAAGGAAGAUGUCCUUGAGUGGCUAUCUUCAAGCUCAAGCAAUCCAAAGAGGCACAUUUCCGCCCCUCCCCGCCGGGCACACGUGGUGGUUCGAGGCGGUGGUGAUGUCCACGAACUCGUGGUGGACUUAGGCACCAACAUUAUCAUAUCCAACCACGUCUACACCGGUAAUGGUUAUCCUCCUUUCACCUUUAAUGAGUUGUUCAAAGCUAGUAAGCUUCCUUUGACUUACCCCAAAUUCAAGAAAUCAAUUUCAACUAGGGGAUUGAAUUUGUCUGAAGUUUCUUGCAUUCCCUUUACGACUGGUUGGUAUGGGGAACAUAUCACAAGGAGGGCUUUAAAAGUGGAAUGCUACUAUAGAGGAGGAUCAGUAAAUGUUUUCACAAGGCCAAUUGAGGGAAUCACCAUUCUUGUGGAUGUUGAUUUGAUGAAGAUCACAAUGUACACUGAUAGGUUCGUAGCCCCUUUGCCUAAAGGUACUGAUUUCCAAAUCCCAAGAGGGAAGUCAAAUUCUGAUCAUUGCAACAAAACUAGUAGUGGGUUUUCCAUUGAAGGCCACAAGGUGAAGUGGGCAAACUGGGUUUUUCAUGUUGGGUUCAAUGCAAGAGCAGGAAUGGUGAUUUCAACAGCUUCAGUAUUUGAUGCCAUAAAGAAGAAGUACAGGAGUGUGUUAUACAGAGGGCAUGUGUCUGAGACCUUUGUGCCUUACAUGGAUCCUACAAAUGAAUGGUAUUUCAGGACUUUUAUGGAUAUAGGUGAAUUUGGGUUUGGGAGAUCAGCUGACGCUCUUCAGCCAUCAAUUGAUUGUCCUGGAAAUGCUGAAUAUGUGGAUGGGUUUAUGGCUGGAGCUGAUGGGGAGUUGCAGAAGGUACCAAGGGCUAUUUGCAUUUUUGAAAGGUACUCAGGUGAUGUUGCAAUGAGACAUACUGAAAUUAAUAUCCCUGGCAAAUUGAUAAGAAGUGGGCAGCAGGAGAAGACUCUGGUGGUUAGGAUGGUGGCCACUGUGGGUAACUAUGAUUAUGUUCUUGAUUGGGAAUUCAAGCAAAGUGGCACCAUUAAGGUUGGGGUAGGCUUGACUGGCGUCUUGGAGGUGAAGGCCACAUCAUACACCAGCGCUGACCAGAUGACGGACAACGUGCACGGAACGUUAGUCUCAGAAAACACCGUCGCCGUUAACCACGACCACUUCCUCACGUACUAUCUAGACCUCGACGUUGACGGUAACGACAACUCCUUUGUCAAAGCCAAGAUGAAAACAGCAAGAGCUAACGGCGCCGCGUCACCAAGAAAGAGUUAUUGGAAGGUAGUUAGAGAGACGGCCAAAACUGAAGCCGAGGCUAGGCUACGGCUCGGCUUAGAGGCGGCUGAUUUGUUAAUAGUGAACCCUAAUAGGAAGACCAGGCUUGGAAAUCACGUGGGUUACCGCCUGGUCACCGGACAACCGGUUACAUCUCUUCUGGCCAAUGAUGAUUACCCCCAAAUUAGGGCUUCUUAUACCAAGUAUCAGGUCUGGGUGGCUGCCUAUAAUAAGUCAGAGAGGUGGGCUGGAGGGUUCUAUGCUGAUAGGAGCCAUGGAGAUGAUGGCUUAGCUGUUUGGAGCAAGAGGAAUAGAGCAAUUGAAAACAAAGACAUAGUAUUAUGGUACACAGUGGGAUUCCAUCACAUCCCAUACCAAGAAGAUUUCCCAGCCAUGCCCACACUCCAUGGUGGAUUCGAGCUCAGCCCUGCAAACUUUUUUGAGUCUAACCCAUUACUCAAAUAAAGUUGCUUUAAGCCCCAGAACAUGUUAGAAUUGCAUCAGAACGGUACACAAUUCAUUCCCAUAAACUUUCUUUAACAAUGUUCUAAUUCCAAAGUGUAAUUCCUCCUGUAUAUUUAAUAGUUAAGAAUAUGAUUGUUUAAGAUACAGGGUGUUGUAUUUUGUCAAAAAAAAAAGAAGAAGAUACAGGGUGUUGUAUAUAAAUUGGAUUGAUUGGGAAUG